UCUCUCUCUCCUUCUCCGUAUGGCUGGCUGUCAGACACAACCACGUUCUCUGUUCUGUCUCUCCCUCUAUAAAUCUCAUCUACCCCCUUACUUAAUAUCCUUCUUUCCUACCUCUUGACCGUUUCUCUCUCCUAACCCCUCUAUCCUUCUGUUACUAGUUGUAUUUCAAUCCUCCUCCUGGAGGACCUCUACCCAUUCUCUCUCUACGCCUCGCCUCGCCUCUCUCUCUCUCUCUCUCUCAGGUAUAUAAGCUCUUGAGAAGAUGAAUCACUGGGCAGAGAUGAGGAGCUCUGUUUCUUUCUCUGUUUCCAUGUCGGACGGGAGAGAAACUGUGGUUUGCCCCAAACCUCGCCGUCUUGGUCUCUUGAGCGAUCCAGUCCGACCCUUGAGAUGGCAUCUUACGAGUCACCAACCAGAGCUCUAUGAAUCAGAAGCAGGAACAGAUCUGCUCGACAUCAUUCUCCCAAAGGGUGGUUAUGGUGGAGAGCAAUCUUUUGCAGAGGUAGCCUUGUCGCCCCCUUUUUUUUGCGGGUCACCGCCGAGCAGGGCAUCUAACCCCUUAAUUCAGGACGCCAGGUUCGGGGAUGAGAAUUUCAUCCCGGUCUCGCCACGGUCCAUUCCUAUUCCUUCCGGGUUGUCAUCGUCGCCAUCCUCAUCGGCAAGGAAGGGAGGGUGUGUUCGGGCGAAUUUUGGAAACAACCCGGCUGUGAGGAUUGAGGGGUUCGAUUGUCUCGACAGGGAUAGGCGCAAUUGCAGCAUCGCUGCCCUGGCUUAGACAACGAGCCCCACAAAGAAAGCAAGUAGAUAGAGAAAUGAAGCUGGAGAAACAGCAGCAAUCUUGAAAUUUAGCAGGAGAAGAGUUUUGAACAUAUUGGGUGGGGAGAAGAGUGGGAGUUGGAUCCUUAAUGGUGUGUAUAUAUGUUUCAAAGUGUCUGUAUGUAAUUGCGUCUGUAAGUAAAGAGGAGAGUUAACAAAUAAUGGAGAGAGAGAGAGAGAGAGAGAGCUUGUUAGGUCUUAUUUAUGGUUUUAGGAAAAAUCAAAUCCCCAAAAGUUUUUAGAGUCUUGGUCAUAAUUAAUGUAAUUAGGUAGCAAGCAGCAGAAGGGGAGAGCAAUUUUUAAAAUUUUAUUUCCAUUUGGGGUCUUUGCGGGCGGCUUCCGGAAGAGAAUUUGUAAAAAAAAAAAUCAAGCCGGUGUUGAGUCAAAUCCGUUGUUGUAAAUAUACGAUAUUUCAUGGUUUGGUUCCUUAUGAAGAUCUUUCUCUUUCGAUGGUGA